AUGUUGCAACAGAGGCUGGGCCUCGAGCGCCUGUGGAAGGCAUGCUUCACGACGAAGAAUAGCCUGCACUUUCAUUUGCACAACAAACACGUUGGUGACCCCAAUAUCAAUCAGCCGCCUCGACGAGUCAAGCUGCAAAAGCCGCUGCGCGGUGCUGGAGCCCGCUGUGUCGAGGUCAUUGUCGAAGAAAGCCACGACGCCUCGGCAGCCGAUGUGAGCGAAAGCGAGGAGGAGCUGGAGGAGCAGCAGCGGUUCAAGCAGUUUAUCUCAAGCACCCAGGCCAUGGCCUCGGAGGCUGAGGAUAAGCGAUGCCCGCACGGCGUUCACCAGAUGCAUCCGUUUUACGAUAGCGUGGGCAUGACGCUGAUCAUCAACGAGCUGAAGCCAGAGCGCAUGGUCGAACUGGGCCACAACACCCCGUCGGCACUCCUUGAGUCGGGCAUGCACGAGCUGUUCUGGACGGCCUACGAGCAGCUCUCGGAUCAGGGCCUGGCCGCUGCUGCGGUGACGCGUCUGUUUGACGACAAUGAAGGGCAGUAUCAGCAUCGCCCCAUGCGGCAAGUACAGCCGCAAACCGUCAGCAGGUACCUGAGUCUUGGGACACGCCUGGUCCAAUUUUUGCUGCUGCUGGAGGCCAUGCCAGCCCUAGUGUAA